CUCGACUGACCAAGUUCUACACACAGCUCGACACGGCCGUACAGCAACGUCUCAUCUCGGAGAUUUUUACGCUCGUCUCGACGCGCCCGAAUAGCGCGUGUAAUUUCCUACCGCUGCCGCCGCUGCUGGCCCCCGCGCCCUCGUCGUCCACCGCUCCCGCCAGCGCCCCCGAACACAACGACGCGCCGUCACUCGUGACCUACCGCCACUACGCGACGCUGUACUUCAUCCUCAUUUCCACCAGCACCGAGUCGCCACUGGCCCUGCUCGAUCUGAUCCAAGUUUUCGUCGAGGCGCUGGAUCGGCUGUUCGAAAACGUGUGCGAGCUCGACCUGAUCUUCAACUUUGAGACCUUACACGCCGUGUUGGGCGAGAUGAUUGUGGGUGGCGUGGUCAUUGAGACAGGUCUGGACCGCGUCGUCGAAGGCGUCAAGAGCCAGGGCAGAGUUGCGAAGCGGCCGGUGAAUGAGAGUCGCGCUGGUUUAGGCGCCACGAUGUGGGCGGGCCGAUAAGUGCUGUAGGAGCGGAAAGUCGUAGAGGAAUGAUGAGACUGUUUGCUCUACGCAGAUGAUGGCCACGAGGGUGGUCGCGAAACAUCCCCGCCAACUUGCUGCGGCCGCUGCACUGGAUCUACCUGCGCUCACUCCCAUGGCGGACUGCGCCUUAUUCGAGAGUAGGAAAGUGGCUUGGUGCUACGAUCAGUAUUCCUUGCAUUGCCAGGAAUGGGAACGGCUCAAGACGUUCUUAUCCGCCUUAUCGGAGUGUCGGGGA